AUGCAGGCGGAAUACUACCCAAAACAAAACAUAGUGUCCCUGAGCAUCGAACUCAGCAGCUGGGCCAAGGCGUUCCUUACCGACUUACGAAUAUCAAAGAAUCUGCUCACUUGCACCAAGGCGUCUAUCAUAAUUAAGAAAAAGAAACAAAUUCGAAAUUUCCAUUUGUAUAAAAUUAAACUGGGACUACUAUAUGACAGUUGCUCCAACCGUCCUGACGUUUCGGUUGAGGGAGAAGAGUUGAGGCAAAAGAGUUCCCCCAUGGAUGAUGCCCCGGGCGGAAAUGACACCCGAUGUGAUUCUCCCCUCCGACAUGCGAAUGGCAGCUUCUGCAAUACAUACACUAAUGAAAAGGGAGGAAAUAAAAACAGGGUGAUGUACAAUGAGGAAAACGAAAUCAGGACGAGUAGUGGAAAGGCAAACAUUUUUGAGACAAAUGAUGGAAAGGAUGGGAUGAAUGGAGUAGAAUGGGAAGGCCUGAAUGGGAGCAGACCCCAUCCACUGUAUACGAAGCAGGAGCAUGAAGCCAAAAGAGGCACGGAAUGCACACCAGUGAGCGUAGGACAUGGAAAGGGGCACCACCCAAGUGGUAUCAAUAAUCAUACAAAGGAAAAUAUACAACAAGGGUGCGAAAAGACCUUUACAGACAACCAUUUCGAUACAGGCCACUUGUUAAGAGAAAAAAACAUUUUUUCGAAAGACUUCCCCAUCUUUGAAAGGGCCCAUUUGGCCAAGUAUCUAUUUUUGCCCUCCUUCUUGUCAGUACAAAGUGCCAAGAUAAAAUCCAUUCAUUUUGUGCUAAAUGAAAGGCUGAGCAUAUGCGUCCUCCUAGACCUAAUCGUAGUCAGAAAAAAAAACAACAUUGUCCAGUCAAGCAUAAACAAAGAAUUACACGACAUGUUAAAGAUGCAAAGAAGUAUCCUUCAGUGCAAAUCGUGCAGUAAAGGCGUUAUCAUAUGCGGAGAUGUUAAUUGUAUAUUGCCCAAUCUGUACUUAAACACGGCUGAUUUUUUUGAGCACGCGUUUUGCGAAGAAUGCACCACCUUCUCCUUUGAUGGAUUAAAAGAUGUUGACCGGAAUAUUUUCCUCUUCCCCAAUUGUUUGUUUUUUCAUUUUAGCUUAGUAAAAACGAAUCAUCUAGCUGUUAAGGCAGAUUCCUUGCACCACUUUCGCUUUUUACUUUUCUGUAAUUUUUGCUACAACUCUCUGGGCUAUUUAGAAAACCAAAGAAAUCACCUGUAUUCCUAUCACAAAAAUAAAAACAUGAGUGAUAAGCUUAAAGAUGUUUUUCUGGGUUCACUUCACGACGCUGACCAAGGGCGGUACACACAGCUGAGUAGGGCUACUACGUUGCUGCGAUGUGACCAUCUUUCACUUAUACACUUUAAUGAAGGGAGAACAAAAUUUCCCCAUCAUUUGGGCGUUUCCCCAGGGGGGAAGCAGGAUGCCGGGACGGAAACGAAGGAUGUACUUCUUUCCGAGGAAAAUUUCCAUGAGGAGAAAAAGCACACGGGGAAGAACGGCACGCAAAACGACAGCAAUAUUGGUCAAAACGACAGCUACGUUGGUCAAAAAGAAAGCAAGGUUUGUCACACAGCAGGUCACAAUGGAGGAUAUCUCAAUCCUUCCGGGGGGAUCACCCCCAAGGUGUACCUCCUUAAACACAAAAUAAAAAUGACAUUAAAUGGAAAAAAUAUCUUCAGAAAUUACAACGAUGUACUUUUCCUAAACGAGUAUAUGCGCAAUAAAUGUGAAAAAAAAAACAAAACACUUUUUUAUUUAAGGAGUAGCGAAAAAAGGAAAAUAAUCGAAGUGAGGAUAUUCAUAAGGACUCUUUAUAUUUGUAAAAUUCUGGACGAUGCAAGACAUAUUUCCAAUUUUUUAGGUCUCCAAAAAGUGAUGAAAAUAUUGUUUUCCACAAAAGGAGAAUCCCAAUUGAAGUUGGCUAACUCGGAAACUAUUGACCUUUCGAGAGAGCUUUACGAGGAUGUAUUAAAAAUGCUCGUCGCGUAUUCCUUCCGAGGGUGUGCCCCCGGAGCGAAGCUGUUCUCAUAUCUGCACCUGGUCCAUUAG